AGCAGUUCCUUGGUAACAAGCGAUGCCAAAGUCGUCUCUAUGCACAAAGUAGGCAGCAGUUGGGAACAAUAUCAGCCGUUUCAUGUCACCCAACUGUUGUAAAAUUGUAGCUGACUAUGGAAAUUUUCGACACGAAUCUGUGGAACACUCUUUGUUCCAAAGUGAAGGAUAUUUAUUCAGCUUAGCUCGCUAACACGAAGAUGAAACUGCCCCAUAGUGGGUGAGCUACCGUUACAAUAACGUGUAAACAUGUAACAUUUUAUGUCGAGGUGUGUUAGGUGAUAGUUUGCCGCGCAGCAUUGGAGCUAACGUCGGUUUAAAGAUGUGGAAACGAGGCGGUCGAAGCUCCGCUCUGGACCGGGCUCAAGCACUGCUGUCCGCCCGGAGGAGCAGCAGAGGAGACGGGGAGGAGUCUGUACCGGGGACCGCAGCUCAUACGGGUGCUGUGGGUGGCUCUGUGAAAACCAGACCUUCUUCCCCAAAUACACAUGGUUUAUUGUCAGAUCUGAGUGACCUUUCCUUAGUCAGCUCAGGUCCUGAACAUGGAGCUGACACCAUCCACUCUGCUGCUGUUGCUGCUGCUGCUGCUGCUGCUGCUGCUGCUGCUGCUGCUGCUGGGAAGAGCCAGGGGAGAGAGGGGUCUUCUACCAAGGAUGUCAGACCUCAGAGCUCUCUGGGUGGAGGGGGGAGCAGAUUCUUGAAGAAGGCUCCACCACCAGCACCCAACAGCAGCCAGUCACCUAUCAGAAAGGUGCCUGAGCAUAGGAGUGUGUCCUCUUCCCAGCGAGGCUCGCAGACUGCUGCUCUGAGUAGACUGGCUCAAAUUGAGAGCCGCAUCCGCAGCCGCAAACAGGUUCAGGAACAGGCCAGACAGGGACCAGAACACACCGAGAAUCUAACCUCAGAUGUGGGAAUCUCAUCACCACCAGCUGCCUGGUCCCUGGAGGCCCCUGUGCAGCUCUCAGCACAGUCUAGCAGCGACCAGAGCCUGAAUGGGAAACGUUUCCUCAAGAACAAGCCAGCUGUAGCUGUCAAUAAUAAUAGUAGUACUGCUGCUGCUGCAGGGUCUCCAAAAAGUUCAAACGGUGAUGCCAGGUCCAGAUCUAGAGCUGCUGAUGCUUUUGUUCCUUCGGCUGGUUUGGAGAUGAACUCAGGGAGAGCAAUGAAUGGUGUGAGUCUGGAGAGUGAUGAGGAGGACAUGAGGAAACUGCUUGGAGACUCUUUGGAUUCAAUGGACAACAGGUUCUUACCUGCAAGGCCCUCUUCAAGAAGAACAGCAAACAAGAUGCUGAGCAAAAGCAGUCAGAAGCUGCACCCCUCACCUCCUCCCACUGCUGUACCUCCUCCAUUAUCCUUCAACACAGCACCUCCCCGUGCCCCCGUCUCUCCUCCGCGCCGUACUUCUCCUUUUCGAUACACCGGUCAGGCUCAGGCCCACUUCAGCCCCUCUGUGCUCUCCCCAUCCCCAUCUCCUCCCCGAGGCUCCCCGCAGAGGGUGGGGAGCCCACAGCGCUCCUUCUCCUCCAUGUCAGGCUGUGGUGAGGUGCUCUCUCUGGAGGAGCUCUUCUCUGUUGGGCCCUGCACUGAAGAUCCCCACAGUGAGAUGAGUGCAGUUUCCUCUGAAGACUUCAAGAUAAAUGUGAUGACGUUAGACGACCUUGUUCCUGCUGCUCUUGGAUUAACUGAGGAAUCAUCAGCAAAGGAGAGAGAAGUCAAGCCCAGGGCCCCUCUCUCUGGAUCCCCAGACCAACAUCAAUCGCAGCCACAAUUAAAGGAGAAGGAGAAAAAAGAGGAGCAGCGGCAGCAGGAGGACACGGUGGACUAUCAAAGUGACUUUGAGAGCGAGAGCAGGACAGAUGACAGUGUCAGCCAGGUUUCAGAGCACCUGCAAGGAGAAGACGAGGAGGUGGUGUCAGAGGUCAGAGAGGAGGAUUCUGAUUCAGACAUGAGCCGUGGCAGGACACACGAUGAUUACUCGAGCAAUUUCUCAGACACAAGUCACACCUCAGAUCACAGUCAGACACCCAGCAGGUCCUCCAGGUCAUCCGUGUCACAUGACAGCAGGACUUCGUCUCCCCAGUCGAGGAGGCGUGCUGCAAGACGGGUUUUAAAAGAGGCAGGAGUACAGACUCAGCCUGAUCCACUGGCUUACACAAGGCCCUCUGGUACGUUGGGGCCAGCAGUGGACCUGACUUACAUGAAUCCCACCCCAGUAGUUGCCCAUACUCUCAGUCCAGAAAUGGUGGAAGCUCUCAGCACUUCCAACCCAGCUGUAUUUGCACUCAAUCAAAUGCUGAAACAGCAACUGGCCGUGACGAGGCGGUUCAUCGAAAGCAGCCGACAGCUUCACUCCAGCCUGCUGCAGAGCCUGGGACCCCCAGACUACAGAUACACCACACUGGAGGACACCAAAGAGUACAUUCGUAAGCGCAGAACUGCUAAACUGAGGAUGGAGGAAGCCUUAGACGAGGUGCUGCAGGAGAUGAGAGGCUCCAUCAUGUCUGACCACUGAUACUCAAUGUCCUGGACUACUCAACAACUGAUAUUUGCCAAGUCAUUUUAUUAAAAUAAGUUUUUUAUACAUACAUAAAUGAUAUUUUACUAUGGGAAUAAUUACAGUAUGUUUUGUAUAUGAGUUACUACAUGCCAUUAAGAUUUGAGUACUUUUGUAAAUCAUGUUGGAAACAAUCUGUUAGAUAUUUGUGUCGAAGUUAAACUCAUGUAAAGUGUAGCAUCUGUGCAUGAAAUGGAUUUUUUUUUUAUUAUUGCGUGAUUUGAUGAUGAUACCACCCUUGCUGGUGCUAUAAUGUAAAGCAUCAAUGCUCUCACAUUCAGAAGAAAUAAUGUAUUCACCUUCAUGACUGUCAGUCUGAACUAAUUCAAAUAAAUCACCAAAGAAAUUCACUUUUAAAA